AAAAAUAAAAUGCCACUUCUCCGAAAAAAAAAAAAAUUAUUUGUUUCCCUCCGCACUUUUGCUCGCUCCUUCUUCGCUGCUGCCGCAUAACACCGGCAGUUCAAAAUUUGUGUGUGUUUUUUUUUCCGACUCUCCAAUUGUGAAGAUUUUUUUUUCGUCUAAGUUUCUGAAGUUAAAUAUAUUUUCAGAUGAGCUUGGGCUAUUCAUCUGUUCUCGUUGAUUCUAGUUAUCAAUUGUGAAGGAAAGUUCCAUAAGAAAUUUCUGGACUGCCGUAUUUGAGUGACAAUCUUAGCAAGUUCACUUAUGUCUUCACUUGUUAAGACUUCUCCCUUCUUUUUAUAUUUCACUAAAAUUCCGUGGGUAUUUCCCUGCCAGAACACCCUUCGAGCUAGCCUCCAAACAUAUAGCUGCCGGUCUAUUGUGUUUUCAAAAAAUAUACUGAAAUACAGUUGCAACAGUUACUUCCCGAUACACACAGUUCGAUAUUUAUGUAAUGUUGCUUCGGCUGCCACUUCAUCUGUUCAUGCAUCCUCAACACCUUCUUCCAAUAAAGGCUCCUACAAAUUAAGGAAGAAAUUAAUGAAGAAAGACUCCAGGGAUGCACCAGAGAAUGUGCUUAGAUAUAAAUUAGAUAUGUGCUCAAAAUAUGGACAAGUUGUCAAAGCACUUGAGCUUUAUGAUGAGGCACGAAGUGAUGGCGUCCAGCUUAUCCUACAUCACUAUAAUGUAUUGCUCUAUUUGUGCUCUUCCCCUAGUUUGCUUGAAACAAGUGGGGCUAACAACUUAUUAAGUGUGGUCCUCAGCAGGGGUCUUGAGAUAUAUCAGCAAAUGAUUACUGAUAAAGUAUCCCCAAACGAGGCUACAUUUACUAGUCUUGCAAGAAUUGCAGGUGCAAUGGAUGAUCCAGAAAUGGCAUUUUCUUUGGUGAAGCAGAUGGAGGAUUAUCAUAUUGCACCAAGAUUGAGGUCAUAUGGACCAGCGCUGUUUGGUUUCUGUAGGAAGCUAAUGCCCGAAGGAGCUUAUGAAGUUGAUUCUCACAUGCUUGCAUCUGCGGUAGAACCUGAAGAACCUGAGCUUUCUGCUCUUCUAAAACUCAGUUCUGAUGUGAAGAGGGCUGAUAAAGUCUAUGAGUUGUUGCAUCGGUUAAGAAGAACAGUGAGGCAGGUUUCUGAACCUACUGCCAAAGUUAUUGAAGAUUGGUUCAAUUCUGAAAGUGCAUCAGAAGUUGGAAAGAAACAUUGGGAUGUGGACAAGGUUAGGGAAGGUAUCGUUAGACGUGGUGGAGGGUGGCAUGGAGAAGGUUGGCUGGGUAGUGGUAAGUGGAGGCUGGUGAGAACUGGAAUUGAUGAUAAUGGUGUUUGUCAUUCAUGUGCUCAAAAACUUGUUUGCAUUGAUAUUGAUCCAAAAGAAACUGAAGACUUUGCUUCCUCAUUGACCAAGUUGGCUAACCAAAGAGUUAAAGAUAAUUUUGGUAAAUUCCGGGUGUGGCUUGAAAAGCAUGGUCCUUUUGAUGCUGUAAUUGAUGGUGCCAAUGUUGGUAUAGAAAAUGAUCACUUCAGCUUUAUCCAGCUCAAAAGGGCUGUAUAUCGAAUGCGUGAACUGAGCCCUUCAAAAAAAAUGCCACUCAUAAUUUUGCAUACAAGACGUGUUACUGAAGGUCCUGCACGUUAUCCUAAUAAUAUGAAAUUAAUAGAGAUAUGGAAAAAUUGUGGUGCACUCUAUGCUACUCCUUAUACGUCCAAUGAUGACUGGUACUGGUUAUAUGCUGCUGUACGCUUUAAAUGUUUGCUGCUGACAAACGAUGAAAUGAGGGACCACUUGUUUCAAUUGCUUGGUAACACAUUUUUUCCACAGUGGAAGGAAAAGCAUCAGGUUCGAUGGUCGAUAUCGAGAAAUGGAUUGAAACUCCACAUGCCUCCCCCUUAUUCAAUUGUCAUUCAGGAAUCUGAAAAUGGAAGUUUACACAUUCCAACAACUACAGGCAUCAUUAAAACCCAAGCAUCUGGAGCCCUAUUAAAGCUCAGAUUCAUUGGAAGGCUAGCACUUUCAGAAUUUGUUGUAUUUGUAAUUUUAGAAGCUUGUAUGUCAAGUUUGUGUAAAAGUGAGAAUAAUCAAGGGAUAUCAUUUUGUUAGUAUUGACAUAUAUGCUCUUUGUAGGAUCGAUUGAAGAAAUCAAUGGAAAUGUUGAGUUCUUUUUUUUAAAAAAAGGAAAUUAUGAGAGGACGAGUGCGUCUCUUCCAAAAAUAUAAACAAAAAAUCCACCAUUUUUAUCUAA